UAAAUCAAAUUUGAAUUUGUAAUAAUUAAGUGACAAUAGUGACAAAAUGUUUAGUCAAAAAGAAAAAGCUUUAGUGCAACGCAAUUAAUUGAAAGCAAAAAAGGUCAAUAAAAAAUCCAUGUAAAUAUUUAUAUAAAUUCAAUUAAUAAUUCAGCAAAGAAAUUUUAAUAAAUUUUUAAACCUUAUGUAAAUAAUAAAUCUGUGGAAACUGGCCAAACAUGGCCCCACACCAGUGUACCCAACCAUUUUGCCAUUUACCCCGCACAUGUCGCACGCCAUCAAUAUUCCGCCAGUAAACACAAAUGUCCGGCCAACGCGUCCGGACCUCAAUCCAAACGUGACACAUGGCUAUGUACUAUUAUGCUAGUAAAAUAUCGGCAAUCGCUUGUGGAACACGUUGCAGACAAACAGUUUUACAGAAAUCGCGCGGACAACGUGAUCGCGAUAAAUACGUCUCGGCGGACGAUGACAGCAAUGCUCGUGGCUGUGGUGACGGUGCUAAUGGUGCGGAUGAAGAAGACGAUGCUGGUGGUGGUGGUGGUGUUGGGGGUUUUGGUGGCCGUAGUGGUAUCGGCAUCGAGGGCGGCACGGAUAUGGCCAUAUAUACGACAGCCGCCGAAAGUGCGUUGGCCGAGGCUAUGGCGUCGGCGGCGACGACUGGCGACGGAGUGCGUCAUCGCCGCAGACACAGCGAACAGUUGGAUGCGUACGAUUUGGAGUUGGGGUUUCAGAAGCUCGAGGUUUCAUUGGCAAAAUCAACAAAAACCACAUUCACCGGUUAUGGCAUCGGCAGCGCCAAUAUGGACAGUGACAUUGUACAAUAUGACAUACCGAAAAAUUCAUAUAAGCGUGCAAAUUCGGAUAUCAAUUACGAGAGCUCCGUGCUUGGAUCCGGUGGUAUUAUGUAUAUAAACGGUAGAAUAGUUUCUGGACCUUUAGAAUCUCUGAUAGAGGUUUUAGUGCCGAAAAAUCGCAUAGAUUUCGAUAAGGAAUUUAUUUUCUCAUUUUUAUUAUCGUCACGUUUAUUUUUACGACCCCAUGAGCUGCUUGGCAAACUAUUAUCCUCGGUACCUGAUAGCGAAUCGUUAGAAUCAUUAGUCGCAGUAUUGGCCGAAUGGACACAAAAGUUCCCCUACGACUAUCGCGAUGAGCGUAUGAUGGGCCAUGUUAAACAUAUCGUUGCCAGAUGUUCCAAUACAAAUCUAGAAGGUGUAGUUUCCGAAAUACUGAGUGCCUUGUUGAAACAAUUGACUGAUUUGGAGAGACACGAAGAAGAUCUACGUGCUUGUCAAAGCACAAAUGAGAAGUCCGAACUCAGCAAAUUAGACUGUCUGACCGCGUCACAAUAUGCACAAAUCCUUUGUCGGCUGGAGAAGAAACUGGCGAAGCAGAUUGGACCAGAGGAAUUUCUGCAAUGUAGUAGUAAUGUGCUGCUGGACAAGCAGAAAAAAUGGGACCAACCGAGCACGUCAGGCGGUCCGCCCGGUGUACAGGAUCCGAAGAAAACGUGCAAUUUGGAAACGUAUCUGGACUGGUCGGCACGUUUGCGCCUAUUCGUGUGCAAUGAAAUAUUACAGUGCAUUGGUAUACGUGAUCGCAGCAAAACUGUCGAGUUGUGGAGUGGCGUCGCUCAAUAUUGUCUACUCGUGGGUAAUUACAAUAGUGCGACGGCAAUACUCGAAUCACUGGAGUCGCCGCCUAUAGCGAGACUGAAAAUAACGUGGAGCAAAUUGCAAAUGACGUGUCAGCAAUUGGAUUGCAUGCAACGACAUGCUGAGGGACAUGGCGAUUUGUGGCACAAGCAAGCCAGCAUUUUGAAUGAGAUUCAUCAAAAGACUGAUCCGACCGCUGCGGUCUGUAUACCAGCAAAUGCAACUGGGGCAGCAGCAACGACAGCAACAACAGUGCCAAAUCGUAUAAGUACGACAACGGACACCACACCGGAAAACUUAGCACCCGACUCCUCAGUAAAUGGUGCUAGCCUGGCUGUGGAGCUGCUUGCAACACCUACAGCAGUGAACACCGAAAUUGCCUGUUUAGUUGGCAAUGCAGUUGGAGCAGCUGGCGUAACAGCUGUUGGUGGUUGUGUGCUAGGUGUCCCGAUGUUAACUACAACAGGUAGCAGUGGUGGUGAUAGUGUUAAGGUAGGAAUCACAACAACUUCCGCACUAUGUGCAACUCGAAGCCAAGCAGCUGAAACGGUUAUAACAACAACAACCACAACGAUACCGGAAAUGAAAGCAACCACAACAUGCAAUGGCAACAGUAACAGCAGCAACAACAGUACAACCAGCAGCAAUAGCAGUCGUGCAGUAGAUGUCAGCAGAAAUAUAAUUAAAUCUGCAACAACACUAGCAACAACCGGUACUGCCACAGCAGCGAGCAUUCGAAGUGGAAGCGAAACUGGAACUGGAGUAGGAGCUGUAGUUGUUAGCACAGCAACUGGUGCGACAGUGACGAAACCAAAUGAUUGGGUUGUGAUUCCGGUAUUUGCGGAUAUUGUUAAAUUGGCACUGGCCGGACGCGAGGAAUGCCUGCAGCGUUUGCCGAACGGUCACAUCAAUAUUAUGGCCUUCGAUCGAAUGGCGGCCAUUGUUGGCGCCUUCACCAAGCACAUGCAUGCCGUUAAGGCGCCGAAUGAAGCACCACCUGGCGAAUACAAGAUAUUCUGCCAACACAUGCAACGCUCUUCGAAAUUGAGCGAGACGGAACUCAAAUUACUUUACUGA